UCCCAUUUUCUCCACAGCUUGUUCGACUUAAAAUUUCAUGGUGGAUUCGUCGUUAGAUCUGGUUACAUUAUUUGCUUGGAAUGAAAAACUUCUACCAUCUUUGUGUUUUUGAGCUGAUUUGCUAAAUAGUUGAGCAAGGAAAAACGAUGGAUCAGUGGAAGAAGCUUAGUGGCGCUGAGAACUGGAAUGGUCUCUUGGAACCUCGUGACAAAGAUCUGGAAAAUCUUUUAAGUCUCUGUAUUGAAAGUAUUGAAGUUAUUCCUGACUCCGUUAGCCAUCAUGAUAAAAGAAAACCAGCCCAUCAAGAGAAAGAUUUAUUCUCUGAAAUGGGAAAAAAAGAAUUGGAAAAGUUAUACACUGUGACUCACUAUAUAUAUGCAAGGUCAGAUGUUCCUUCCUUGGUUAAUCGGAUUGUUAAAGACAAAUCUGCUUGGAUUGGUUAUGUGGCUGUAGCCACAGACCAUGGAAAGGAAGUGCUAGGAAGAAGAGACAUUUUGAUUUGUUGGAGAGGAACUAAUUCUAAGACCGAAUGGCUCAAAGAUUUUGAAUGCAGUUUGAUCUCAGCGUCAGAAAUUUUUGGGAAAACCCAUAAUCCACAUGUGCACAAAGGAUUCCUCUCCCUCUACAAGUCACCAAAUAUUGAACCACCCUCGUACAAUAAGUGGAGUGCCAGACAACAGGUGUUGCAUGCAGUUAAGACACUGGUGAAUAAGGUUAAUUACAGAGAUGAGGAAAUCAGUAUAACUGUAACAGGUCACAGUCUUGGCGCAGCGCUUGCCACAUUGAGCGCAACUGACAUAGUUGCCAAUAAGCAUAAUAGGCGCGCUGGAUCAGACAAAGUAUGCAUGGUCACGGCCUUCGUGUUUGCGACCCCCAAGGUUGGAGAUAAAGGAUUCAGGGACGUAUUCGAUCAACUCAGCGAACUUCAUCUGUUGCGUAUUAAAAAUAAAUUGGACGUUGUACCUAAACUUCCUCCUUUCCCUGCCUAUGAACACGUGGGAAUAAAGUUAAAGAUUAAGAGUUACAAGGAACUGUUAUCGAAACUUAAGGAAGGGCUUCAUUUUCAUGGUUUGAAGCAGCAUCUGGUUGGACUUGGACGAACCACGAGGUCCAUGUUUCACAGCUACAAAAUGUCAGGAUUUGAAGAAGAAAAUCAAACACAAAGAGCUUUCGGAUGGGCAGCUUCCGACUCUUUAGGAAUUCUUCAUCCUGUCUAUUUCACUAGAAGUAUGCAGGCCCAAUGGUGAGAAUGAUAUAACACUCAAGAUUCUUUAAUGUGGGAUUUGUGGAACUGAUCUUGACAUUGUCAAUAAUACUUAUGGAAUUUCUCUCUAUCCCGUCCUCCCCGGAGAUGAGAUUGUGGGAGAGGUGAUCCAAGUGGGGGCCAAAGUGCAAAAAUUUAAAGUUGGAGAUAAGGCAGUAGUGGGUUGUUUUAUAGGUGCAUGUGGCAGCUGCGAUGGUUGCCAAAACGACUUGGAAAGCUAUUGCCCUAAGAGCAUCACCACCUACACAAUCUUUGACAAUGGAGGAGAUAAAAACUACGGCGGAUAUUCAGACACUCCUGUUGUUGAUCAACACUUUGCAGUUCACAUACCUGAAAAUCUGGCAUUAGAGGGAGUUG